GCUGCACUGCCCACUGCCAUGUCAGAUCUAGAGGCCUGGACCAAGGCAGUGUUUGGAGAAGGAGCCAACAGCAACCUUGGGCAACAACGAGGAGGACAUUGUUGAUGAUGAAGAAAAGGAGGAGGAGGAGAAUGCACUGCAGGCAAGCAGAGGAUCAAUUCUCCCAGACAACCAAGAACUUUUUUUUAACUCUGGAGCCCAUCCCCUCACAGGACCAAUUGUCGGCGGAGUGUGAUGCCAGGAAAGGCACCUCUGCUGAAACCUUUUCCAGAGGUGCAUCCUCCAUGCUGGGACAAAGACUUUUCCAGAUUAGAAGGUGGAAAAAGAAGACUCGGGAGGACAUGUUCAAUGAGUUAAUACAUGCCUCCAAGAGUGACAAGAUGGAGCUCAGCACAUGGAGGAUUGCAUUGUCGGAGAACCUGCACAAUGACUGUGAGGACAGAAGAGCAUGCAGGGAACACAAGUGUGACACACAGGAUGAGAUGGUACGGCUUAUGAGGGAGCAAACAGACAUGUUGAGGCAUCUGGUUGAGGUUCAAGAAAGGCAGCUAGAUGCUAGAGUCCCACUGCAACCUAUGGUGAACCUGCUGCCAUUGUUGCCAAGUUCCACAUUCUCUUCUCUCAAAUACCCUAGAAUGUGGGGGCGGAAAGUCCGGUAUCCCUUGCACUCAAUUCCCAGGGAGGGUGCAAGGACCAGAAGGCACCCAUUCCCACACCUUUGAUUGUUAUUGCAGUGCAAUUGUAAACAA